UUACGUCAAGACCCCUCUGGCCUGUCUGCUAACGCACAGCAACCACACUCUCUGCAACUCACAGAAAAAUUUUAAUCAUUAUAUCAUAACCCUGUGUCCUUCAUCAAUCAUCAUCACUUCUCUUCUCUUUCAGUUCCUUCUCUCAACUCAAACCCGAAAAGCUUUCCAUUCAUGGCACAAAACUUUGAACCCUCUCAUAUCCCACAGCAAAACAGAAGAAACAAGCUUCGCUUCACUACUCAAACCAGCCAAGAACAGCAAAACCCACCAACCCUCAUGAGCCCUUCUCCAUCUCCUCCUUUUUCUUCCAUUCAAAACCCUAAAGAUGAUCAAUUGAUGAGCUACCACCCCUUAACUAGCCAUCAAGGUUUAUCUUUGUCUCUGUCAUUUCAACUCGACAGCCAAAGAUGUAAUGCUGUUUCAGUUUUUGGAGAUUUCUUGAAGCAUAAUGGUGAAAUCAGAAGUUCAUUCCCUCUUGGCCCAUUUACAGGCUAUGCAUCAAUCUUGAAAGGUUCAAGGUUCUUGAAACCUGCACAACAGAUUUUGGACGAUCUUUUUGGUACUGUAAAUUAUGAAGUUCUGAACCUCUCUUUGGAUUUCUUGAACGAAAGCGAAGGUAUUAUGAGAGAAAGUGUUCCUUUUAGUGAUCAAGUAGAGCAUCGAUGGAAGAAUUCAAAGUUGAUGUUGAUGCUAGAUGAGGUGUACAGAAGAUACAAGCUCUAUUGCCAGCAAAUGCAAUCAGCUGUUGCUUCAUUUGAAACUGUUGCUGGCCUUGGAAAUGCAGCUCCUUACAUUUGUUAUGCUAUCAAAACUGUUUCAAAGCAUUUCACUUGCUUGAAGAAUGCACUUCUGGACCAAAUUCACUUCACAGGCAAAACUUCUGAUGAUGGUCGUGGUGAAAGAAUUCCAAGAUUUUUGGCAGCGGAUGAGCAAAACCAAAAUCCAAGUCUCAACAUCAGUUUUCUUCAACAUCCUGUUUGGAGAUCUCAAAGAGGACUACCAGAUCAUGCAGUAGCUGUCCUUAAGACAUGGUUAUUCGAACACUUCCUGCAUCCCUAUCCUAGUGACUCAGAAAAGCAAAUUCUAGCUCAACAAACAGGUCUAUCAAGGACUCAGGUUUCUAAUUGGUUUAUCAAUGCAAGAGUUAGACUUUGGAAACCAAUGGUGGAAGAAGUAUACAAGCUUGCAUCUCAGCAAGCUCAAGUACCAUUAGAAGCAGCUAACCACAAUACCUGUUUACUGCCUGAUUUCCCUGUGGAGAAACUGUCCCAAACCGCUCAGCCUCAGAACGCUGAGAAUAUUCAUAUCCAAACGAAACGUUCUAGAAAUGAAUUAGCUGAUAUAUCUAUGCAGAGACAAGAACAGAAGCAUGCAUCUUUUAACAAUUCUUCAAGCCAUUACCAAACUGCUAUCAGUGGAAGCAAUGGAGUUUCUUUGGCAUUAGGACUUCAUCAGAACAUUGGGAUUGAUUUGUCGCGGCCACUUCCCAUGAACAUAGCUCACCAUGUCAACUUGGAAAUGAUUAGUAUGAUGGAUUCAGCAUCGGCUGCAAGUUUUCAAGCACAAAACCAGCAUUUUGGGAACCAGUAGAGGGGGAAGGUUCCACAAAAUUUGCCGGCUGUAGUUUGAUUUGUUGUGCUUCAAUUAUAGAACAAUUUUUAGAUUUUAAUGCAACUUCAAUUUGGCAA